GUAAAUACACAUUAGACUGUUAAACCCGUUAAGUCCAGAACAUUAGGGCGCACUUAGUGAUGAUGCAAACAGGUCCUCAAUAGACUCAGUCAAGUGUCAAUAAUGGCCUGGCUCUCUCCUGGGUGUGAACCUCGUGAAUUCUGGGUGUAAACAAACCUGACCGACUUGGAACAAUCUCUGACCUCAUAUACUGUAGCUCGAAACAAACAAAACGCGGUAUUUGGACUGAUAAAGCAAAGUGACUUGUAGACAAACACCAUAUUGCACUGAAACACUCUAAUUAGAACCGGAAACAGGCCUAUAUUUAAGACUUUUCGCUUUUAACAUAUAGCCUAACUGAACAGACAGGCGAACACUUUCUCUCUUGUCUGCUGCAGGAUCACGCACGGCACAACCUGCCCUUUUCUGACGCUCUUGGACUCGUAUUGUGAGACCACAUCAGCCUGUUCAGCCCUGGGCGGUGCAACACCUCAGUGAGCUCUCCACAGUUAUACGCACCGGGCAGAAGAUUGCAUAUCACACAAAUUACGACGGACAUUGCACUUGGAUUUUUUGCACAUUUAAAAUGCAAAACAUCUUAUAGAUUUUUGCUUUCUCUUGAAUUUCAACGGGAUACUGAAACAUGACAUUUUUGCGCGGAUGCCGGGUGGCUGAGAAGUGAUUUUUGAGCAACAAACGGAAAACAUCCAAGUUGAUCAUGGAGAACAGCACUUUAUUACCAUUUGACAACCAGACUCUCCCGAUAUGGACUGAUUACAGUGUCGAUUACAAAGUCGUAAGCAUAUUAUCAGUGAUGCUUAUUUGUGGGAUUGGAAUUGUUGGCAAUGUCAUGGUCAUUCUGGUUGUGUUAACCACAAAGCACAUGCGUACCCCAACUAACUGCUACUUGGUGAGCCUGGCGGUCGCCGAUCUCAUGGUCCUAACAGCAGCGGGGCUGCCCAACAUCACAGAGAGUCUUUUCGGCCAGUGGGUGUACGGAUACGCCGGCUGCCUCUCCAUCACUUACUUUCAGUACCUGGGCAUCAACGCGUCCUCGUGCUCCAUCACAGCCUUCACCAUCGAACGCUACAUCGCAAUAUGUCACCCAAUUAAAGCGCAGUUCCUGUGCACGCUCUCCAGAGCCAAAAAGAUAAUUAUUUUCGUUUGGGUUUUCACGUCUCUCUAUUGCGUUAUGUGGUUUUAUCUUUCCGACACUAAAGAGAUAGUUUAUGAAAACGUCAUCCUAACCUCGUGCGCCUACAAAGUGUCGCGAAACAUGUAUUUACCGAUCUAUUUUACCGAUUUCGCGGUGUUCUACGUUGUCCCGCUUUUGCUGGCUACUGUUUUAUAUGGUUUGAUCGCGAGAAUUCUGAUUCUCAAUCCACUCCCAUCGGAUCCAAUGGAAAGUCGAAGAAAUUGGAAAAAGGAGUCGUCUGUGGGGAAUAAAUCAGUGAACUCCAGGAGCUCUUCCAGCACAACAGCAGCUUCUCGGAGGCAGGUGACAAAGAUGCUGGCAGUGGUGGUGAUCCUCUUUGCUCUGCUGUGGAUGCCCUAUCGGACUCUGGUGGUGGUCAACUCCUUCCUGAAGGAGGCCUAUCUGGACACCUGGUUCCUUCUCUUUUGCCGUCUCUGCAUAUACAUGAACAGUGCCAUCAACCCUAUCAUCUACAACGCCAUGUCCCAGAAGUUUCGUGCUGCCUUUCAAAAACUGUGCCAUUGUGGGCCCCAGCGCUCUGAGAAGCCCCCAACGUACAGCGUGGCCCUCACAUACAGUGUCAUAAAGGAGACCUCCAAUGGGGAAAGCCCAGACCACUACACCACAGAACUAGAUGACAUCCGUGAAGCAGCUGAAGAGCUCCUGCCUGGAAGGAAGAGGUUGUCGUUUAAAGAGUCCUCAUUAGUUAGUAAGGACAACGUGGCUAAUGCUUAAAUCUAUGUUGGCAUGUUUGGUGAGGCAGGAGGACUUUAGCUUAAUUUGCAGUGUCAACAGUUUCACAGUGUAAACUGGUCCUACUAGGAUGUGUAUUAGUUUACUCAAUGCACACAAAUCUGAUUUGUUUUAAAUCUGAUCUUUAAAACUACCGUUCACACUAUCAUUUUGUAAGUGAUGAAAUAUGAUGUUGUUCAGAUGUAGUGAGCGUCUGGGGUAUCUACAUUGGUUACCAUAGUAACGAUUUAAGCAUCAGUACGAAAGCGAGACCUCUAACACUGAAAGCUGCGGAUGAAAAACGGAUCAUUUUGCCCCUGUGUAUAUCAUGACAUCACAAGUGUGGUGCUAAACUUUACAAAGCACAUACGAGAAGCAUACAUUGGAUCCACUAUUAAUACACUCCUAAAAAUAAAGGAACUAUUUUUGGUUCUCCAAAAACCUUUAAGGUUAAAGGGUCCUAAGAGAUAGAUUUAAAAGCUUUCUUACAUUUUUAUAAUCUAUAGAACCAUUUUUAUAGAUGUUCAGAGGUUUAUUAUAGAACCAUACAGCCAAAAAUGUUUCUUCUAUGGCAUUGUUUAUCACCUUUAUUUUUAAGAGUGUACUGAAUGUCACAUAAUUCAUUAUACUGUACUUAUAUAUGUAUAUACUGUAUGUGCUGGGACAGAGCUUCAGUUAAUAUUAUGCACUCAGCUUCAUGUUUACACAUUUCAAAGAAACCACAUACUGUAUGAACGUCUUGUUCAGAUUUUUGCUACCUGUCUCUGCAAAGCCAUGGCACAGUAUCUUGACAAUCAGAUACUUUUAUUUACAAACAAACUGUUAAUAUAAGUCUAUACUGUAUUAUGAGCAGAGACCAGACUAGUCCUGCACAGGUGGCACUGCACCUAAAGCAGUCGUAGGUGAGGAUACAAAUGAUUUAUUGAACAUGAUGGGCUGGUUUUAUAGAACACUUGAGAUGGUUUUCACACUUUGUUGAUUGUUUCUUAGCUUUUAUUUGUUUUACCUGAAAUUUAGGUGUUUUAAAAAUAGAAAUUUACACAAAUAAUAUAAGCUGCACAUUGUCUGGCCAUAACAUUACAUUACAUUUAUGCAUAAAGCACUUCAACAUAUAUAUUUUUAUCAGUAAAUAUAAGCGUUUUUCCCAUGGGGCCACUAAUAUUUUAUUUUGCAAAGUAUAAUUCAUAUGAAAUUAAUCCAUUAAGAUAGUGCCAAUUUAGCACGUGUACCUACAUGUACAGCACAGCAGCACCCAGAUAAAUUUCCAGUGGGGGCUCGAUGCGAAGAUCGUCACCACAUGUAUGUAGUCCGUCAUGUGUGUGGUUCCUUUUUUCAAAAUAUGUGUUCUGCGUGUCGAGUAAUGUGCAUCACGUGUCUUGUCAAAAUAAGUGCCUGCUGCAGACGUGUCUAAAGGGGUUUAUGAUAAAAGAGACGCUCACGUUUCCCAGAUACUCGCAUAAUCUCAUGCGUAAUCAGAGUUUACUGUUAAGGGAGUGUCUUGCAUGUAUUUUGUGAACAUGAGCGUCUCUUUUAUCAUGAACGGUUUUGACGCGUGUGGAGCAGGCACUUAUUUUGACAAAACACGUGAUGCACACAAGAUCUCUCGACACACAGAACACAUAUUUUAAACACGACACUCCAAACACUUACCGUGGGUUCACACCAGCCGCGAUUGAGGCGUCAAAUUCGCGUCUACCGUGUCUAGUUUGCCGCUUGAACAUUUUGAGUUUACUCGCUUCAUUCACGCGUGAAAGCCGCGCGUGAAAUUUUAGUCAUCGAGACAUUCACGCGGAAAUUCGCGUCAUGGGAGGGGUUUCUGCGACUCCGCUCACUUCCUGUAAUCACGUCACUACUAGAGCAAGCUCCUGAUUGGUUAACGUGGCGCGUUUUUCGGCCUAAGUUAAAUUUUUUCAACUUGCGCGUUUGCCGCAGCAAAGCAUAAUUCGCUCAAUUCUCGCCAUUCGUGCGAACUAGAUGCACCGUGCUAAACGCCUCAUUCACACCGCGAGACCUCCAGACGCGCGUCAACGUGUCUUUACAUUGACUUAACAUUGAAAUCACUCGCGCUUGACACCUCUACCGCGGCAGGUCUGAACGCAGCACUAUUUUAAAUUAGCGCCCCUCGGAUGAGCAGUCACGAGCCGCCACUGUUGGUUUCACAGACAAGGCUUAGUUAAAGUCAGGACUAGGCAAUAAAUUAGUUAAAAUGUUUUUCAAAAAUGUUUGUAACCAUACCGUUUGUGGACCCCAUUUACUUCCAUAGUAGGAAAAAAGAAUACUAUAGAAGUAAAUGGGGUCCAUUCUCAAAAUAUCUUCUUUUGUGUUCAGUGUAACAAAGAAAUUUAUACAGGUUUGUAACAACAUGAGAGUUUUUGGGUGAACUAUCCCUUUAAGCAUCUUUUAUAAACAUGCCUUAGAAAAAAACAUUACUGGUGUGUAUCUUGAGACAAAUCAAUGGCACUGGCAUAUUUUAAGAUCUGUUAGGGCAAGUUAUUUUCAGUUGAGGCAGCUCAAACAUGUGUUUUAGUCUAAGAGUAGCCUUAAGCCUUGUUUGUGAAACCGAGGGUAUGUGUUUAGAUGUUUUCCAGAUUGCAAUGGGCCGGAUUGCACCUGAGCUGCCGACCUCGGAGCGGAUCCAGUGGAUAUAUUGCUAUCUAGGUUGUAACUGUUCUAAUUUUCAUUUACACAAAAAAAUGCUGGGUUAUUUUAAACCAAGCGAUGAGUCAAAAAAGGACGUAAUUUACAUUUUGUUUUUAAAUUAGUUUCAACCCCAAAUGCUUUGUUGUUUAAACCUAUUGUUGGGUCAAAUAUGAACAUUUUAUGGGUUAAUUUAACCCAGCGGCUGGGUUUGUUCCUUUUUGACCCAAAGCUUUGUUGAAAAUAAUCCAGUAUUUUUAGAGUGUAAAAAAAUUAAUUGAAAGUAAUUUACUUAUUAUAUGGUUUCUGUAUAUACCUUUAUGCUGUAAAUAGUGGUGAUCCUGUAGUUUUUAAUAGGUUACUAUAAGUAAACAUGGCUUUUGAUAUAGCAUUUUUAACCAAAAUAAUUUAUUUUAUUCAUCAUCAGUCGUGGUGCAUGAACAGUAAGAAAAAAAAUGUACAGCUGUUGUGAUGUGAGCAAAAAAUGGAGAGUACACGUAUCAGUAAAUCAAUUAUGUUAAUGUUUCAAUACUGUUUCCUGCCGUUUCAAACCAUGUUUUGUAUUUGUAUUUUGUACAGUUGUUGGCUAAAAAUAAAGUGGUAGAAGAUGUUUGGGAAUC